AUCUUCAGCCACACCCGACCGACCUGAUUGAAUUCUUCCCGGUUUCUCACAUGUAGGAUUUCCUUGUUCACACACAACUUUUAUCGCUCAUCCACUCUAUUCGAUCAAUUCCUCAUCACUCAGAUACUAUUCUUUCGAUACAUCCUCGACGAAAAUUGACACUCGCAAAUCCUAUACCAAAUAUCUUCCCGUCCUCACAUAUCAAAUCUUAUAAGAUGUCAUACGCACAAGCAGCAGCUUCAGGUCCACAACAGACUGAUGAGGAGGUAUGUUUACAAUUCCCCUUGGCUCUAUUUACUUGUUAUUCUCUUACCAGUAUCUCCUUUCUCAUUAUCGUCAAAGGAAUCUUUUCUACCUCGGAGGAUGUUUACUACCCAUUCAGGUCAAGAACUAAUCAUCCCACCACAGAAACGUGCUCCGGCCCCGCCAUCUGUCGUCCCCACCGAAAGUACCUCCACCUCUUCCCUAAUUGACGUCGACACCGAUUCCGUGCAUACUGUUCCUUCAGACUUCCAGUCACAACCAGUUCAGACCGAGACACAAGCCAAUCGUCUCGAGCAAGAGGCUGAACAAAUUGAAGCCAAGAUCCGCGCUGCAAAGGAUGCAUCUGCCAAGAGAUCAAAGAAGGGCAAGAGCCGUGUUCAAGAGAACAGCGAUAACCCAGUAGUUAUUGGAAAUGCGAUUGCUGUUGCGGCAUUGAGCACUGGGUUAGGAUUCGGAGCAUACCAAAAGUACGCAAAGGGAGAGUUGACAUGGAAGGUUGUCGGUGCGUGGGCUGGUGUGGUCGGUGUUUUGGCUGUUGGAGAUUAUUACCUGAGCUCGUACCUUUUCAAGACCAAGUACCCAGCCAAGAAGUAAAUGGAGAGGGUGGAGAGUUAAUGGUUAUGGUUGGGAGGGAAUGUGACAUUCACGGGAUCACAACUUUUGGGAGUGGUUAAUAGGCGUGGGGUGGUUGGUUUACAAAUCUUUGCGACAUGAAGAUACUCUGUAUUUGGCACUGUUACUGCGACUGCGAAAGUCUCCCCUCUUUGCGCUGCUUGGAAACGAUAUCAUUGCAUUUUUGCAGUCCAUAUUGGUGGAAUGACGAACCUAUCCACAGACUAAGGCUUUUUCACUCUAAUAAAGGACAAUUUUGCGAUUGUGUUUUCUUGAUUGGUGAAGAUCUUUCAUACUGCCCUGGAACAAGCGGUAUCUGAACAAAGCUGCCUUUAUUCCUCAUCAAAUCCUUUUCCAGAAUAUAUCAUCAGAGGUCAAAUCCAGCUGAGAUGGUGUAAUUGCUACAUAAUUUUCAUGGAAUGAGGCUGGUGAGCAUACUGUUUAUCCCUCCGCUGUA